AUUCAACAACGUGAUGAACCCAGAGAUGAUCAUAGACUAAAAGAUACAUUUAUCAAAUAUCACAUUGAUAAUGAGAAUCAAGGCUAUGAAAUACAAGAUGAUAACCUCAAUGAUGAAAAUCUGAACAAUGAUGAACAAAAUGAUGAAAGAUAUGACUUUAACAGCCAUUACCCAGGAGAUAAUCAUAAUGAUUAUAAACAUGAGGAUUAUACAAAACAAGAGGAUUACAAACAACAUGAGGAUUACAUUCUGUUUGAUGACCAUGAACCAAGCCCAAUAGAUAACCAAAAUGAACCAUUCUUUGAUGAAACCCCAAGACAAAAGGAAACAGUUGCUCCUGCUGUGAAAGGUAAAAAAUCUGGUGGUAGAAGACACAAUUCCCACAGGAAUACUGAAUUAUUGAAUGAGAUGUUUGAACAGAUGAACACAGUCCAGGCGAACAUGUUACACCAGGUGGCCGCCAUUGAGAGAUUAACAGAGAGAGUCACCACACUACAGGCAUCUCUCACUCAACAGUUCCAGCAAAAUAUAAAGCUCCAAACCUCCAAUGAGAACCUCCAGCAGACUGUUGAAGACCUUAAAGAUGAACUGUCCGUUAACCUGAAAGAUUAUAUAACAAUGAAUCUUCAUACAGAAUUUGAAAGAUUAAAGCUUGAUUUGAAAAAUGAUUUAAAUGAUAAAGAUGUCACACAAACUACAACAGAACCUCCAGAUGAAGACAAUCAACGUGAGAAUGCAACAAAAGACUGUAACACAACAGCAAUUCAGCUGAUAUAUACAAAGGACAUUGAACAUAUCCAAACAAAAGCCUCUGCCAUGUUUGACCUCCUCAAUGCCACACAGAGAGACCAGCAGCUGAUGUUUCUGGAGCAAACACGCAUCAAAAAACACAGCAAAAAGCGGAUGAAAGAAAACAUCAAAAUUCGGGAAAUCCUCGAUAAGGUGAUGAUAACACAGGAAAACAUUGCAGAACAGGUUAAAGAACUUCAGAAGUCUAAAGCUGAAUCUACUGAAACAUUACUAUACAGGGAUGAACCAAGAGCAGACUUUCCAAUGAGAUUAACGAAAAAAUGGCCCAUGAGUGAAGUUAAGUCUCGGAAACGUAAAACGACACGUCGCAAUGUUGAAUGCCCUCGUAAAGCAGAAGCUAUGGGGGACAUCAUGUCUAGUGUAUCAAGUCUACAAAACAGUUUGGACCAUCUGGCGAAGAAGUUUGACAACAGAAUGCCAACUGACUGCCAGGAUGUGAUGAACUUUGCCUACUACCAGGGUAGUGCAGUAUAUACAAUCAAACCAGACAAAGUGGACAAGGCAUUCCAGGUUUUCUGUAAGAUGGACUCAAAGGAAGGAUGGACCAUAAUUCAACGCAGGAUGGACCAUAAAUUGUCAUUUGACAAGAAGUGGAUGGAGUAUAAAAAUGGGUUCGGGGACAUCAAUGCCAACUACUGGCUGGGAAAUGAUAAGAUAUACUACCUCACAAACCAGGCAAACUACAGGUUACGCAUUGAGAUGGAAGACUGGUCUGGUGUAAAAUACACAGCUGAGUAUGAACAAUUCCUCAUAGACAGUAGUUACAACGGAUACCGUCUCCAUGUCAGCGGUUACUUUGGCAACGCAGGUGACUCAUUCAGUUACCAUAGCAACAGUGCAUUCACAACAAAGGACAAUGAUAAUGAUAUAGACAGGAGGGCUAACUGUGCACAGAGAUAUAGAGGGGGCUGGUGGUUCAGGGACUGCAUGAAGUCAAAUCUGAAUGGGCUUUACUACAAUAAACAAGGGGGCAAGUCAAAGAUGUACAAUGGAGUUGUCUGGUCAACACUAAGGGGAGAUCAAUAUUCACUAAAAUCUGUACAAAUGAUGAUACGACCCCAUGAUGAAUUUGACCAAUAGUUGAAUCCUUGAACUUGGAACUUCAAAAAGAUGCAAUUCCUAUUUUUUAUAAUUGAUACCCAUUUCAUGAGUAAAUCAGAGUGUUUUUAUUAGAUUCCUAUUUCGAGUCAAGUAAAAAAUCUAUAAACUAUUAGUUUUCAUUUUAGGGAAAAAUCACCAAAAAGUCAAAGCUUUCCACAGGUUAGAAAACUGAGACUAUUUUAACAUAAGAUCCUAUGAUUAUUAGAGUAACUACAGGUAUAUGCUGUACCUCAAGACAGAAAUGUACCUCAAACUAUAAGAUCAUUUUAUUCAUUUUCAGUUAAUACACUG